AUACCCUCGCAUACGGCAACAUUGGAUCACUGCGAUCUUUGCCGACCAGGUGAAUACUUCGUGAAAAGGUGCAAGAUCGGAUUUCCAAACACAACGAAAUGUGCACCAUGCCCCGAUGGUACCUACACGGAGUAUUACAACCACCUGAGAAGUUGCCUGAGACAGCAGUACUGUACUGGACCAAACAUGGUUGAACAUCCGGGAAACGCUGCGAGAAGGACUAUUUGCACAUGCGAAGAGGGGUACCACAUGGUCCAAUUUGGAUUUUGCCUCAGGAAUGCCGAUUGUCCUCCAGGGACAGGAGUAACAGAGCAAGGCAAUGGCUGCAAGAGGUGUCCUCGAGGUUUCUACAGUAACCAAUACUCCUAUAGAGAUUCAUGCCGGCCGUGGACGAACUGCACAUCCCAUGGGCUCGCAGUGGUUGAAAAAGGAACUCGAACUAGAGAUGUCACUUGUGGACCCUUAAACCUGACUACAAUCGCCUGGAUAACCAAUGAUGGCGUAGCAGAUUUGGGUGUCGCAGACAAAUCUAGGGACGCAAAUCCUGUCAAAAUUCAAGAAAUGAUCGUGAUAGGUCUACUCGGCUUCCUUAUAACAUACUCUGUAACGAUGUCAGCCUUCGCUUUCUGCACAUGGCGAAAAUGUAGAAAAGGACAACUUCAGGACAGAAUGGAAAUACAAGUUGAAGAUUCGGAACUGGAUUAUGACAUGCAUUACGGUGUGCAAGAAUCUUUACGAUGCGCAGGCGUUGGUAGCCCAAGCCUUAUCUCACACUCUGUGUGUUCCAGUCAACAUUUGGAACGACAAUGUCAACCGAUACCAGAUACAUGGGAUCCAGGCAUAGAUCCCUAUGUGGAAGACGUGGUUGAAUACAGCACAUUACCAAAGACUCAGCCGAAGAGGACAACGGCCAACUGGCUUUCUCAAGUUUCCCUUCCGUCUGCACAAAACGUGUCAGCUAACCUAACAAAAUCCACUAAACUGAAAUCUAAGUCUAGCGAGGAGUACAUGCGGGAGAUGCAAAUGCAUAUUGCUGAUGGAUAUGCAAAGGUUCUUUCCGCAGAUGCUGCAGAGCACUUGGCUGCGACGCUGGGGCCGUCUUGGAGGCAAGUGGCAAAGCGUCUCGGUGUAGAGCAGCACCAGAUUGAUCACAUAUGGAAUGAGAAUAGACAGGAUUUUGAAAGGCAAACAUUCAAAAUGCUGUCAUGCUGGCAAAGGAACAAAACAGGCACGGCUACGAUUUCUGAACUGUAUGACGCUCUUUUGGCUUGCAAUGAGGACAAAUUAUGCAACCAGCUGAAGGCAAUGGAAAAUGAUCCGUCCAAAUCUUUAGAAACGAAAGUUUAUUGUGCGUAAAUAUGCUUCCUUUGGUGAAAGAAGCUAGCAUUGUCUGUAUUGGUUAUUUACAUUAAGGGGACUUAAUAUAAUAAGUUGACAACUUCUACACUUUUAAAAUGGGGCAAGAGUUGAGGCAGGUGAGGCUGUCUUCUACAUGUGGAUACUGAACGUUACAUAUGUUAUGAUUGUUAUGAAAUGUAAUGAAAAGUGGUAGAUAUAACAUCAAUAUGGAUUUAUAGCGUUCUGUGUAUAAAGUAUAUCAUUUUUUAAAAAUCACUAGCAUAAAUGAGUGAUAUACUACACUGUAUAUCAUCUUAAUCAUUUUGGCUACUGCUAUAGUGUACAGAUUUAUAACAUGGUUUUAAUUCACCCUGAUGACCUGGAGCUCAAGGGACUAGGUAGGUAGGUCUUAUCUCCUCUAGGACAUUUUAGACUUAUUUAUCACUGUCUCUAAGAGACAGCCCGGCCAAUGAGUUUCACUUGCACUAUGAUGCAUAAUAGUCUUUAAUGUAGAAUACAAACUUCAUAUUCAUCCAGUCAUAAACAAGAUUGUGUCCACUUUCUGUAAAUAAGUCAAGGUUUUAGAUACAAAUCAUCUACCAUAUACAAUUUAACAACUUUAUAAAUCAUGUACAUUCCACAUGCAUGAAGCUAGCAAGGCCAUGACUUGUCAACUUGGAAGAUCACUGUACUCUGUCAAUAUUUGAACACUUUGAAUGCCUGCCCAGCAUAGUUGCAACUUCAAAUAAUCAAUGGACUUAAAUAUCUGUAUUUCUAUAUUUCAUGGACUGGUCCAUAAUGUGGUUUACCAGUUUAAGUUUCCAUGGUCAAUAAACUACUUAACAAAAGCAUUUCUCAUCUUUUGUGUGUACACAUUGACUGCAACUUAACUCAUAAAUUUGCUUUAAGAAAAUGUUUGGAGCAACAUAUACAUAAAAUGCUACAAUAUAAUAAACAAUAUACUUUUAAAGUAUAGUUUCUUAUAACUCUCAAAAAAAUACAACAGCAAGCCUUUGGCCUUGUAAGAAUCAAAAUGCUAUUUUGCAUCAUAUCACAUACAUGUCUAGGUACUGUGCAAGUACUAGUACCUUACUAACAGGCUUGGAU